ACAUAUACAUACAGACUUGGAAUGGUGACCCACGCCGCUCCAUCGGUUACAUAUUGAGUUCCGGAACCCGAAAAAGGAGAAAGUAUCACAAAAACUCAAUUUUCAUUUCUCUUCACACUUCACAGCUCCGAGAAAGAGCCAGAGAGAGAUUGAGGGUUCUCUCAACUCUCCCCAUCUCUCUCACUUGAAACUUGCUUCCAAAGCGCUCCCUACCAUCAUUCUGAGUUUUAGAAAUGCGUGAUGUUGGCUGACAUUAUUGGCUAUAAGACACCUUCAAUGCCCCAGUCAAUCUUCAUCACACUUGCUUUGAGAUACUGCUGCAAUAACCUUUUCUAGUGGUGAUGUGUUAGUGAGACGGUUGGUUGUGGUCAAUAUGUGGAAUUUUGCAUCCAGCUGCAUAGCUGGAAGUGUUGGAUUGAAAAAUGAUUCUCUAAGGCCAACACAAGCUGCUUCUGAAUGUUCUGAUGAUGAGGGUUCUUCUGUUGUUGGGAGAGAGGAAGGACUAGAGUGCCCCAUAUGCUGGGAGUCCUUCAACAUUGUCGAAAAUGUGCCCUACGUUUUAUGGUGUGGCCAUACCCUCUGUAAAAAUUGCAUUCUGGGACUGCAAUGGGCUGUUGUGAAAUUCCCCACUUUACCAAUUCAGCUUCCUCUUUUUAUCUCAUGCCCAUGGUGCAAUCUCUUGUCCUUCCGGCUGGUUUACAGAGGAAAUCUCAAAUUCCCUCGCAAGAACUACUUUCUUCUUUGGAUGGUUGAGAGCAUGAAUGGUGAUAGGGUUAAGUCUCAUUCUACCUUCUCUGGUGAUAAUCACCCUGUCUGGCCGGCAAAUGGAAAUGCAUCCGUGGGAAGUCAAGUGAGCCACACUCACCACAGGAGGGUACACCAUAUUCGCCAUAUCGAGCCAUUGGGUCAGAAUCAUGCCCUUGUCAAUAAUUACCUUAGUGUGGAGCGAUUGCAUUCUUCCCUUCGGAAGUCGCUGUUUUUCUUCGUUCAUUUGACAGCAAAGUUUCCACUGGUUGUGAUAUUUCUUCUGAUCAUCUUAUAUGUAAUACCUGCCUGUGCAGCUAUAUUGGCUUUGUACAUACUUAUCACGGUUGUGUUUGCUCUCCCAUCGUUUCUUCUUCUGUACUUCGCAUAUCCAAGUUUGGAUUGGCUUGUCAGGGAAAUCAUCACCUGAGGUGCUAUUGGCUUGCUUUGUUUACAAGCACUGUGAAUAUAAGUUUGCUUCUACAUGAUGGUGCCUCCAAUCCGUAUUUCUAGUAUGCAAUUCGACGACGUACCAGUUUCCAUGAUGCAAUGUUAUUUUUCUACCAAAGCUGCUUGAUCUCAGCACAACCCUUCUCUGCUAUUGUCAGAAUCAUUUCAGCUCUUGUAGACGUUCACUUGGGCAUGUUAGUUUCUCAAAUUUUGGUUCAGGAAGAUUAGAUGCAAUGCAAGUAUCACAUCUUCCAGCAGAGGAUUGCUUCAUGCAUAUGCAAUGCUCUCUUGCUAGAAUACAGAAUACUUAGGACAUACAGGGUGUUUGUAUGAAGACUUGUGUUUAAUAAUAUGUUUUUAUAGUUCUAUUACUUUUGUGCUGCGUAGUUCUAGUAUGAUGGUGGUGGAUUUUGAACGAAAUUGUUUAUUAUGGUUAUUUCAUUAAAAAGGAAUAUUGGUUGUA